GUCCGUCGCCGUCAGUCGACGUCUUCACUCGCCAUGGGCCACUGCACUUCGAAGCAGCAACCGGCCGUGGAGCCCGCGCUUCCGCCCACCGCCUCGAUUCGCCCUGCCGAUGCUGCGCUUAACGACCAAGCACCAGCUCCAGAGGUGCGGCGCUCGUCCAACGUUCUCGUGGAUGUUGUCUUGUCCGAUCAGGACGACGCACCGAUCAGCAGCGGCAGAGAUAGCAGCGCAACGUCUGGUGCGAAUGCAGCGAUGGAUAGCGACGAAUGCGCUGAGCCGGAACGCGAAAUGUCCCCCACGGCAUCGCUCAAGAAGAUGCCGUCCACACGCCGCGUGCGGCGCGAACCGUCCAUGAACCGACCCGUCCGCAGUUCGAAUGUCCGCCGCAUGUUCGGCCAGCUCAAAAACUUCCAGCGAGAAGUUCAUGACGUUUUCGACAAUUCCCCCGACAAGUUUGUCACGUUCCACUCGUACGAGUACGACGACCUUCGGCCGUACGAAGCAGACCACUGGAUCGAAGCCGACGACAUCACGGUCGACGCGCAGCUUCCAUCUUCGUCCAUGAUCGCCGAACGCGGACGGCUGCGCGACGGGCGAACGGUGUUCCUUCGCCGGUUGAACAAGAAUGCGUCGUCAUACAAGCUGAGUCGGAGUCGCCGGCUCCUGGUCGCUGAAGUCCGGCUCACCUCUCGGUUGACGCACCCAAACAUCGUGCAGUUUGUCGGGUUCAACAUCACGAGCGCGACGGGCCUCGUGUGUAUCAGCGAAUAUGUCGAUGGCCACUCGCUUCAGACCGCGCUGGCUGUGCCGUCGACGGCCGCGUCGAUGACGUGGCGAGGGCUGAGCAUGCGCUACAGCGUGCAGCUGUGCUCGGCGCUAGUGUACAUGCACUCGCUGCAAGUCGUCCAUGGCAAUCUCAAAUCGGACCACUUGUACAUCAACACCAAGCAGCACGAGCUCAAAGUGUCGGGGUUUGGCUUUAGUUUGCAAAGCUCAACCACACACAAGAGCCAGAACGUUUGGAACGCGCCCGAGGUCCUGCAAGGGCUUCCGAUGACGCAGAAAGUCGAUAUCUACAGCAUGGGUGUGGUCUUGAUGGAGAUGGACACCCGCCGCGCGCCGUUUGCGGACGAGCAAGCGUCGAUGAAGAUCCACGACCUCCUCCUGCGCAUCACGACCGGGUCGAUUCGACCGACCUUAUCGCGCGACUGCCCCGACCAGCUACGCCAUAUCAUUCAAGCAUGCAUUCAAUACCCGCCGGAGAACCGCCCGACCGCCGAGUGGGUGCUCCUCGAGCUCCAGCAAGCCCAAAUAGAGCUCGACGACGCCCCCGCUCCAACCGAUGGUGUGCAGUAGUCCAAGUCGUUGUGUGUGUGUUUGUUUGGAAUCGAAGCACUGUUAUUCA